AAUGAGCGGACGCGAGCCGAGUUGGAGCAGCUGGUGCGGCGGGGCGACGUGGCCCAGCUGGAGAAGAUCAUGGUGCACCGCAUGGUGUUUGGGACGGCGGGUCUGCGGGGUCGCAUGGGCGCCGGCUACGCCCUCAUGAACGACCUCGUCAUCAUCCAGACGUCGCAGGGAUUCAGCAAGUACUUGGGGAAGGUCAAUCCAGAAUCCAAGACAAAGGGAGUUGUAAUUGGACAUGACAGCCGUCACAAUAGCCACAGGUUUGCCAGAUUAGCAGCAGCAGCAUUUUUGAAUAAUGGAAUUCCAGUCUACCUGCUUGGCAAAAUUGUACCAACGCCUUUUGUGCCAUUCACUGUUCUACAGUAUGGAGCAGCUGCUGGUGUGAUGGUCACAGCAUCUCACAAUCCAAAGGAAGAUAAUGGUUAUAAAGUUUACUGGGAAAAUGGUGCUCAGAUCAUUCCCCCUCAUGAUUCAGGGAUACAAAAAUCCAUUGAAGAAAACCUGACCCCUUGGGAAGAUGCCUGGGAUGUAGAGAAGGCCUUGGCUGAUUCCCGACUUACUGACCCUCUGGAUGACAUCUCCAACAAGUAUUUCUCGAAGCUGGCGUCUUCUAUGCUGAAUGAAGAGAAAAACCAAAGUUCACCACUGACCUUCACAGUGACAGCCAUGCAUGGUGUUUCACAUGACUAUAUGGUGGAGGCUUUCAAAGUGUGUGGAUUCAAGCCUUUUGUCCCAGUUAAGGAACAGAUGAGACCAGACCCAGAAUUUCCAACAGUCAAGUUCCCAAACCCAGAGGAGGGCAAAAGUGCACUGGACCUGUCAUUUAAAACAGCCAAUGAAAAUGGUUCAUCUGUAAUUCUUGCUAAUGACCCUGAUGCUGACAGAUUGGCUGUGGCAGAGAAGUUGCCAAGUGGGGCAUUUGGAAAAGUUUUUCACGAGGUAAUGAAAGAGGUGAGGGCUUAUUGGGCUGGUUGGUUGGAUAUAGGUAAUGGUGUUUCCGCUGCAAUGCGUCUUGCUGAAAUGGCAACUUUCUUGAAGGUGGACCACAACAUGACACUGUUUGACAAGCUACAGGAUAUUUACAAGACAUAUGGAUAUCAUAUAUGUAACAACUCAUAUUACAUCUGUCAUGACCAGAAAGUUAUUAGUAAGAUGUUUGAGAGAAUAAGAAAUUUCAAUGGACCAAACUCUUAUCCUAAAUCAGUGUGCAAUGGAAAGUUCACAAUAUCUGAUGUUCGUGAUUUGACAACUGGCUAUGACUCCUCUCAGCCAGACAAGAAAGCCAUACUGCCUGUAUCGGCCUCAAGCCAGAUGAUCACCUUCUCUUUCUCCAAUGGGUGCGUUCUCACCCUCAGGACCAGUGGAACAGAGCCGAAGAUCAAGUACUACUCAGAAAUGUGUGCCAAGCCUGAACAACAUGAUUGGAGUGCCCUUGAAGCUGAACUAGCAGAACUAGUGGAAGGUGUCAUUCAAGAAAUGAUGGAGCCAGAGAAAAACAACCUCAUUCCCAGAGCAGAUUAAGAGACAUUGCUGAACUUGGAAUCAGGCACUGAAGUCUUUUGGAAAGGGAUGCCUCUGUGCCAUACUAUUUAAAGAAAGACAAGUUGACAUUUCUCAGUUGAAAUAUUUAUAGAUGCUGCCGUGUGGGGAAGUAUUUUUUUCCUUUUUCCAAGGAUAUUUAGUAAUUUUUAUGUAUUUGUAAAUAUAUUAUGUUUUUAAUAUAUAUAAAUAAGACCAUUGUACUUGGGUUCACAUGUUAAUUUGUCAUAAAGUGGUAAUUUGGUUUAUUAAGAAAAUUUUGUUAAUAUGGAUGUAUAGUACUAUUCAAAUGCCCAAUUAAGAUCUAAUUAUGAUUAACAAUUGAUUAAAGUUAUUUCUUCAAGGAUUGAAAAAUAAAGGUCUUCAGUUUUGUUUUUCUUCAGAUAAGUGAAUAAUGAUGUACAAACUGUUACAGAGUACAGAGUGCCAGGUUAUAUUUUGCUAUUAGAUGUGUCUGAAACAGACAUACGAUAUUAUUAAAGCAUAUAUUACAAUUUACAUUUUUUAUAAUCAUUAAUAUCUCUAUACAGAUGGUAAAAAUUGUAAUUAUGAGGAUAAUUCAGAUAUAAAUGAUGAUCAUAUACCGACCAAUGUAAUUGUUCAGUUCUGCAUAUGCUUUAUUAUCAUCAAAUAUGGCAACAGACUACAUAGAUUUUAAAAAAUAAAACAUUUUUA